AAGACCCUUUCUUCGCCUAUAAGCUUGGGCGCAUUUUUUAAACGGUAAACACCCUUUAAGCUGUAUCUCUUAUACUACUUUUCAUUGUAAAGUUCCGUAGUCUACUAUUACGUUAAGCCAAAGAUUGCUCGCUAAGGGGUCACUUUCGUAAACAGCUUACCGCUUCGCUGAUUUCUCACAAGGAAACGGCCGCACCACAAAGUUGUUAAGCUGUUCAUAUAAAAGCUUUUACGGCGUUUUGAAUAGAGCGAACGUGUGGGUGCCGCAUUUAGUUUCAAUAAGAAAUUGUCAUCAGACCGAAUGAAGCCAUUUGAGUUUGAGCUGUCCGUACAAUUUCUAUAAUUGUUUUAGUUAAUAUAGGGAUAAAUAUAACUGCGCAAGCGAGUUUAUACGUAGGCGAGUUAAAAAUAUCUAAAAUGCUUCAUUGAUGGGCGUGAGUCACCGAGUAUAGAUAGUCAUCCUGAAUUUCUAUAUAAACUAUAGUAGAUUGCCCAGACUAUGACACGACGAACUGUAUAUACAGGCAUCUAUACUCGCAUAUCCUGUCACAUUCCUUCAUAACCAAGUCGUGAUAAAAAAGACGAUCGCAUCAAACUAUAUAUCGGCAAAGCAAAAUUUAGAAGCAGGAAGAACCAUUGUAAGUUGUUGUGUGUCGAAACUAUAGAGAAAUAGUGCGUAACAAACAAAUGGUGUUGGUACAACAAUGGAAGAAGAUAUGUCACUUGUUGAAGUUGUAACAGAGAUAGAUGGAAACAUCUUGAAAAGGAAUUCGAACGAUAUUGAAAUGCAUCGGUUGAUUCAUGCUGAAAGCGAAGAAGUUCAUGAAACUCAUUCUUCGUCAUCAUCAAGUUCAGAUAAAUCUUCAACAUCUUCAUUUGAAGAGGGAUCGAAUCAUCAUGAAGUAAAACCAUCUAUCGAGCGCGAAAUUGUUGUGGUCGCGGCACUGGAGCAAAUGAGUCCAGCUCAACAGUGGGAGUUAAAGCAGCAGAAGAAGAGAGAAAUGAAGAUGCAAAACGAACUCAGAGAAAAGAUUGAAGCCGGAUGCAGAAUCCGACAGAUUCUUGCCUCGCCGGACUGGGAUGGUUCAAUACCAAAGCUACUAAUCGCUAAAGUAACGUCCGGAGAUUGGAGAGAAGUCGAGGCCAUCUUUGCCAUACUUAAACAAGAAGAAUAUAGUGACGAGUACUUCUACGGCGUGCAAGAUGAAAAAAAGAGAAGGCCUCUUCGAAUUGCCGUUGAAAACCGUGAUACUAAAAUGCUAGAGCUGCUGAUAAGUGAUCCAAUAUUUAACCAAGAGAAGAUAAGGCUCUUUAAAGAGUGUUGCUUGUACACUGCAAUUGCGAGCAAUUACCUUGAAGGGGUGAAGUUACUGCUGAAGUUGGAAAAUAAAGAUGAAUUGAGGGUUCGCAAAUCCGGUCAUGGUUUUAUAGAAGGUACUACACCUCAAAUGCUGGCAGCCUAUCACAACAAUUACGAAAUCCUCACUUAUUUACAAACAAUAGUUUCCAUUAAAAUAGAGAAACCACCAACCAAUAACAUGCAUUUUGUUUGGGAAGACUCGUACCGCUUGCAAAUUAUUUCAAAGGCAAGGUCAACUCCAGCUUACAUAGUGGCACUAAGCGACGACGACAGAAAAUUCGACACGUUUGAGUAUUGCAUUGAAAUUGUGAACGAGUUGCGACACCUUGCUAAAGUUGAACAUGAGUUCAGUGAAUUUUAUCUACAACUUGUUGAAGACGUGGAAAAAUUCAUGUGCAAACUACUAGACCAGAUCGAGUCGUCGUCGGAUUUGGCCGAAAUUUUCGAGUAUAACUACGACAAAACAGCCAGGACACAAACAUUGAAGUACAUUCACCAAACUUCAUCUGCCGAUGACCCUGACUCUGGGAUUGUAGAAGUUGGUGUUGGUACAAGGUUGAGAAUGCUGGAGGACGCUUGCGAAAAUAAAAUUGUCAACUUUGUGACGCACCAUAACGCACAGUUGGCAGUCGAGCAUCUAACAUACAGAAACACGCCAUUCUUUCGUACGGGAAAUCAUAUCACGUUCUAUUUGACAAGAAUUAUGCUCGCGUUGAUGUUUCCUGUACUUAGUAUCUUCAAUAUAGUGGCACCCAAGAGUAAACCUGGAAGACUGAUAACAUACCCAUGUACGUCAUACGAUUGUCGAAUGAUGUCAGAGUUUCUGUUUGUUGUAUUUCUUGUGACAAAUAUUUCCACAAAGAAUGAAAACUUGGAAUAUUUAGGCGCACCACCGACUGUGUGGGAAUUGCUCAUUCUACUUUGGGUGCUGGGGAAAUGGGUUCAAGAAAUCCAAGAAGUUUUUAAACGUGGGUUAAAGAGCUAUUUAAUGGACCCGUGGAACCACCUUGAUUUAUUGGCGAUAAUAUUGUUUGCGUCAUGCUAUGCCUUUCGAAUCGUUGAUUACGUCAAGUAUAAAGAAGUACCGUUCCAGCAACGUCCACCUAGAUCAGAGUGGAACAUGUUUGAAUGGCGAUUAGUAGCAGAAAUUCUUAUAGCAUGCGCUUAUGUUUUCGUGUUCAUGCGACUUCUUGGACUUACGAGAGUAAACCGAGCACUUGGACCACUUCAAAUUUCCUUGGCCCGAAUGAUUAUUGACGUAAUUCAGUUUUUGUGCAUCUUUGGUUUCAUCAUGUUCGCAUUUGCUCUAGCUCUGGCCGAGCUGUAUUGGUUUUAUGGAACUGCAAAGGGAAAAGAAAUCUUCUGUGACAGGUUAGAGAAGUCCAACUCAACACUAAACGCAACUCUCCCUGCACCAAAGGCAAUCCGUAUUUCCAAGGCGUUUGGAAUUCUAUCGUUGAGCUGUUUUGGGCUUUGUUUGGACAAAUGGAUAUUGGCAAUCUUUCUCUUUCUGGAAAACACUUGUUCACGGAAUAUGUUGCAAAAGUUCUGCUGGCAAUUUAUCACAUAAUCGCCAUUAUAGUUUUACUGAACAUGCUGAUUGCGAUGAUGUCCAGAUCGUAUGAGAGGACCAGUGAAAACGAAGAGAAAGAGUGGAAGUUUCAAAGAACGAAGAUGUGGAUUCGUAUCCUCCGGAAAGAGAUCAUCCGUCCGCCUCCCAUGAAUCUACUUCCUUGUUUAGAAACCGUCUCGUAUUACUUAAAUUCUGCCAGAAAGUAUAUCUGGUAUUUUCUCAAAAAUCUUGUCCGCUGCAGAUGGAGAAACAUCAAACGGAUAAAUUGGUAUGUAGGAAAUUACGUGCCAAAGUACAACGCUGUUAACUACCAUAAAGCUAGAAGAAACCUUAUUAGUAGAUACAAGACCAAUAUUUUGCUAUCAUCGGAGAAUGUUUGUACGUGAAGGAACAAGUUUGCAUAUGUAUUUAAAUCAACUGCUAUAACCUGCACGUGAAUUACUCCUAUCUAUAAUGUUCUGUAGUAUAGUGUGUUUGUAAAUAUACUCCUGAGGAAACCGCAGGAACUUUUGUUUGUUGUUUUGACUAAGUUUCCUGCCAAUUGGGUAAUCAAAGCUAGAAGACGUCUUGUCACAAGAUACAAACUUAUGUUAUGUUGGCAUCAGAAACUGGCUGGUCAAGAAUAGACGACUCUACAAGUGACAUGUCUCAAAUACUCCUUGAGCCGUCUUGCACCGACAUAAUGUUUCGAAUCCAAAGAUUUUGCAAACAAUGCUAAAAUAAUAAAACUGCUAAACUUUUCUGAUUGAAAUUUAUAAAAGAGAAGAAAAUAUAUUCGCAGCAAAAGUUUGACAGAAAAUGAUUACAAAGCAAGUCAAACAUAUAUGCAACUUAAAUAUGACGGAACCUUUAUAGCCUAUUAAUGCACCUUUCUAUCAAUGUAUAGUAGGGUGGGGAAAAAUGAGACACCUUUUUAUUCUUGUUUUUCGUCCCAACUGGUAAACAAAUAACAUUGAAAGAGUUAUAAAACCGUAUACUCGCGACUCUCAUAGACCGUUGUUAACGGUUUAACUUUCACGUUCGGCAUAUUUAGAUAUCAAGUGCCCCGUCUUUCCCACCCUUCUCGAUUAAUCCCUUCAGCGCUUGGUGUAAGACCGGUUAGUUCUAUAUACCUCCACAUAUAUGUAAACUAUGAAUAUUUAUCUUGAACCGUAGUACACUGUAGUAAUGCGUAGUAUACACUAUUCAAAUAUUUAAUGAAAAAUAUUGCGAAUCUGUUACUUUAAUGCUUUAAUCUAUCUUUGCAUAGAAUAGCAAUAAAUAUUUGUAUAGAACUGCAACGAUUAA